UCUGUUUGGUUUCUUUUUUUGGGAGGUUUCUAUUUUCUUUCCUGAGUUUACCCAAAAAAGAAAGAGAUCAGGUUCUUCCAUCACUAAAUUCUCUUUCCUUCUAAAUUUUCCUUUUUUUUCUUUUUCUUUAUCCAUUUCUUAUUUAUACCCUCUUCUUCUAGGGUUCUUGUAACACUCCAAAAAAAUACCAAAAUCCAUUCAAUUCCACCAACCCACCCAAUUUCCCUAGGGUUUCUCUGAUUCUCCCACUCCUUUUCUCUAACCCCAUUUCAAAUUUUCCAUCUUUAUAGAUUUCUGGGUUUUUUCUUUCUUCCUUUUUUGUUUUUUUGGGUAAAAUGGUGAGGGGGAAGACUGAGAUGAAGAGGAUAGAGAAUGCGACGAGCAGGCAAGUGACGUUCUCAAAGCGCAGAAAUGGGCUGCUCAAGAAGGCUUUUGAGCUAUCAGUUCUUUGUGAUGCAGAAGUUGCUCUCAUUAUUUUCUCUCCCAGAGGCAAACUUUAUGAGUUUUCAAGUUCAAGUAUAAACAAGACAAUUGAUCGCUAUCAGAACAGAACCAAAGAAUUGAUGUCCAGUAGCAACACUGCUCUAGAAGAUGUGCAGUUGGAGAAGGAAUAUGACUCAUUUAGCAUGACCAAGAAGUUAGAGCACCUUGAAGUUUGUAAAAGAAAACUGUUGGGAGAUGGCUUGGAUUUGUGUUCUAUUGAAGAGCUUCAGCAGCUUGAAAGGCAACUUGAAAGAAGCUUAAGCAAAAUUAGGUCAAGGAAGUAUCAAAUGCUGAAGGAAGAAAUUGUAAAGCUCAAGGAAGAGGAGAAAAUGUUGCUGGAAGAAAAUGCAGCAUUGCUGAAGAAGGUGGGGACUGAAUCAGAACAAAGAGCAGAAGCCAAACAGAGAUCAGAAGGCCACCAAGAGAUUAUGGAAGUGGAAACUGAAUUGUUCAUAGGACCACCAGAAAGCAGAAGCAGCAAUGGCUUCCUGUAGAUUUUUACAACAAAAAUGCUUGUUUUUUAACUCCUAGGCUUGAAAAUGCCAGAAAAUUUGCCAAGACAAAAUAAAAGAAAAAAAAAGGGUACUGAGUUUUAUAUGCAGCAUUUACACUGAAAGUGAAACCCAACAUCACCAAGAUCAACACUGAAACUCAAAGUGGUUUCUGACUAUAAGUUUGUUUCAUUGUAUACUUUUCCUCGGAAAAGUAUAUAUGUGAAACUAAGUGUAUAUUUAGGGACUGUUCCUAAUUGUCGGAUACUGUGUCUUUUUUUCCCUACUCAGCUUUUGCCUGUGAUUUUCAAUGUACAACUUGUUAAUGUUUCUCCUUU